UAUCGCGGCCAGAAAUUUGUACAAACCGGACAGAAGUUGCGAAAUUGUCAUUUGUGCAGGAAAGAAGCGUUUACCAUAAUGUCCAGUACUGGACAGGUAUAGUGACAUACUACAUAGAUAUCAUGCUUUCUGUUUAUGCAGGUAAACUUGUGUUUGGUUAAAUUUCAACAGAGCACAAUUGUCUGAACAGUGUACAAACUCAUUACUAUUUUUUCAGGCAAGGGUGGAAAAAAAGUGGUAGACAAUGAAAGCAGUAACAUUUUUAUUAAAAAAAAAAAAUAAACAGUGAGACAAACAUUUCCAACAUCUUUGGACGGUUCAAAAAUUCCAUGUUAAACAUACGAUAAAGCCCGAAACGCAUGAAAAUGUUCCGAAUGUAAAUCGGGUGAAGUAGGCGCUCUAUGUAUAGAGUUAGAUUAUGGCAUACAGACACUAAAUAGCCUGAGCACCUAUGAAAAAAUGGUAGUCGCAUAAUGGCGGAUUCAAAUAGUUCUCAGUUUUUUUUGCUAGUUAAACAUUUCCUGUAGCAGCUUAGGACAGUACAGUUUGUGAGUUAACAGAUCAGGGUGAGCCUCAGUGUUUCCUGGUGUACUGUACUCAUCCGCCAACUUAGGACAGCUGUUUAGUGAUCGCAGAGGUGCGACACCCGUUUCAGAGCCAUUUACAUCAUUUAGUGAGGAUUCCUGUGUCUGACAGUACUGAACCUGAGGAAUUUCACACAUUUUUGAGCAGAGACCAGGUAUUUUCUGUUGAAAUGGCAAGUCCAACAGCUUGGCAAACAGAAAGAUCAUUUGAACAGACAAACUGGCACAUGUUGCAAGAUGGCACACUUUGUGACGUCACUUUCUUUGUCGGGAAUGAAAAGAAAGAAGAAGUGAAAGCUCACAAGUUUAUCCUGGCGAGCAGAAGUCCCGUAUUCUAUGCUAUGUUCUGUGGUUCACUCGCAGAGUCAAGUAAAAUCUUACAAGUUCCAGAUAUAGAACACGAGAUAUUCCGAGUAUUAUUACAGUUCAUCUAUACUGAAGACUGCACAGUCAACGAGGACAACGUCAUGCCCAUUUUAUAUAGUGCGAAGAAAUACGAAACCAGUCGGCUUACAGAGAAAUGUAAAGAUUACUUAAAUACCCAACUCUCCACGGACAAUGUCUGCGUCAUACUACAGCAUGCACACAAGUUUGAUGAAGCUGAACUAGAACAAAAAUGUCUUCAGUUUAUUUUUGACAAGGGGGAUGACGUACUUAAAUCCGAUGGAUUUUCUUCUCUACCAAAAGAAGUACUUCAGAAAAUUAUCGAAUCGGAUAGUCUCAAUGCUGAUGAAUUAAGUAUUUACGAUGCAUGCAAGAGAUGGGCAGUUGAGCAACAGAAACCAAAAAGCAGAAAACCGGUAUAUUCUGAAACUGAACUUAGACAGGAACUAGGGGAAUUAGUAUAUUUUAUAAGGUUCCCUACAAUGUCGUUAGAAACAUUUGCAAAACGUGUAGCCGUAGAAGACAUUUUAACACCAGAAGAAAAGGUCAGUGUUUUUCAAAGUUUAGCAGGUGUCUACACUAAAACGCUGUUACAUCGAUUUCGUAAUACUAAACGUAAACGAGUCUUAAAGUUGUCAAGAUUCGAUUCAAGCUACCCCAGCGGUUGGACUUAUGCCGGGGCUCCAGAUGCAAUUAACUUUAAAGUGUCCUGUAAGUGUACACUUUUAGGUGUAAGUCUGUUUGCGCCGUGUGUGACGGGAACGGUAGAGGGAGAAGUUAGUUUAAAAAAUGGAACUUCGACUUUAGCAUCUAGAAGUGAUGUUAGGAUAGAAUAUGAGCAGUCGAAGCACGUCGAGGAUGUGCUGUUUGAUCAAUCAUACACAGUUGAACCAGGAAAGGAAUAUACAAUACAUACUUUGUUGAAAGGCACAGAAACAUAUCGCGGCGAUAAUGGCAAACAGAGGAUUUCCUCUGGUACAUUUGAUCUGUCUUUCUUCUCAAGCGAUGCUAGUAAAAAUGGCACAUCCGUAGAUAGAGGACAAAUUCAUUCCUUUAUUCUAGAAGUAUUUACUACUGCAUGAAAACACAAACUAAAGUGACUGUACCCUAGACUUUGACAUUUUGCAUAACAAUAUAAACAAAAUUAGCGUCUUUAAGAAAAUCGUUUAACUGACAUUGAAGUAUAUUUCUAGAUAAUAUACUUAGAUUGUAAAUUACUUUACACUGUAAAUGAUGUGAAUCUAUUGUAGUAGAAAAGAUUUCAUUUUUGUGUACUUUCAUUGUCCUGUAUAUACAAAAAUGUAUCUAUAAAGGACAUAAUGAACAAAACGUUCGUGUGACGUUAACAUCAUAAAUGACGUAUCAACGUCGUGAUAUCUAGCUUACCAACAAAAAUGAAAUGUAAAUUUACAACAAAAAUAAUCUGCCGUGAAGACCCCCUUUUUAUUUUAUUUUCAUGUUCAGAAAUGAUUAAAGAAAAAUAUAUUUGAAAAUCAAGAA